UUUGUUUGCUGCAAAAUUCAACAUCAAAUUUCUCCAAUGAGAAAUUAACACCAAUACAUUUCUCUUGGACUUUUCCAACCUGUGAAAUAUCGUCUAUAAACACGACACUGAACUAAGCAGCUUGAAUAAUAACCUUUGGCAAAGCAAAAAAAUGGUUACUCUUCCAGGCACAGGGAAGAACUGGAUAAGAUACUUUCAGUAUGAAGAAAAAAGAGACACACCAACCGACACAAGAAACAUUAUUCUGAUCGUGUUCGCUCUGGUUGCUGCAGUGACAUUUCAGGCUGCGGUGAAUCCUCCCGGUGGAGUUUGGCAACAAAAUGAGGGUGAUAAAAAAGCAGGAGAAGCAAUAUAUGCUUUGGACAAAAAAGCUUACUAUGUUUUCCUCAUCUUCAACACUUUGGCUUUUUCCAAUUCCAUCUUCAUCAUUCUCUCACUCACAUACAAGUUUCCUUUCCAUUUGGAGAUAUGGGCAGCCAGUGUUUCCAUGUGUGUGAGUUACGGAUCAGCCAUUUUUGCAGUCUCUCCAAAGGCCGCUAUCCGUUUACGCUAUGUCCUUAUCGCUGCCGCUGGGCCCUUUGCCCUUAGAUUUUUGGUUCUUAUGUUCAACUUGUUCUUAAGGAAACGUUUUGUGAAGGACACACAGCCUCCACCAGACUUUGUGCAAAACUAGCAAGGACUUCCUUGUUUUUUCUAUAGUUUGGAAUGGAUUUUGGAUGAAACAGUGACUGUUAAAAUUCACAAUGGAUUAUUAUUUCAGCACUGUUGCAUUUCAGUAUAAGUACUUUAUUGUAGAUACUAUAUAGGUCUGAGAUAGUUCAAAAAUUCUAUGUUAUGUGCUAGAAGAAUUCCAUGUUUGUUUAUGAAUUUGCCAGAAGCGGUUUUCUCUAUAAA